GGCUGCUUUGUAGCGGGGCCGGCCAUAUUUUCUCUGAGACAGCAGAAAUCUGCCCGGCAGAUAAGGUACCCGGUAAGCGAACGGAGGGCUCCGCGUUAAGUAAGGAGGAAAACUUUCCGAGGACUUUCUCAAACUAGUUAUCGGCUUGAAUGCAGUGCCACUCUCUUCGUCAAACUGUCAGACAUGUCAGGACCAGUUCCUAGUCGGGCACGGGUGUACACUGAAGUGAACACUCAUCGACCCCGAGAGUAUUGGGAUUAUGAGUCCCAUGUAGUUGAAUGGGGAAAUCAAGACGACUUCCAGCUGGUGCGAAAAUUGGGGCGGGGCAAGUAUAGUGAGGUGUUUGAAGCAAUUAACAUCACAAAUAAUGAGAAGGUGGUAGUGAAAAUACUCAAGCCUGUGAAGAAGAAGAAAAUAAAACGUGAAAUCAAAAUUCUGGAGAACCUCCGCGGGGGACCGAACAUAAUCUCUCUCAUCGACAUUGUCAAAGACCCUGUGUCACGGACACCUGCUUUGGUAUUUGAACAUGUCAACAACACAGAUUUCAAGCAAUUGUACCAGACCUUAACGGACUAUGACAUACGGUUUUAUAUGUAUGAGAUUCUCAAGGCCUUAGAUUACUGUCACAGUAUGGGAAUCAUGCACAGAGAUGUGAAACCCCACAACGUAAUGAUCGAUCAUGAGCAUAGAAAGUUGAGGCUUAUUGACUGGGGUCUGGCUGAGUUCUACCACCCUGGACAGGAGUACAAUGUCAGGGUGGCAUCUCGCUACUUCAAAGGGCCAGAGCUGCUUGUAGACUACCAGAUGUAUGAUUACAGCCUUGACAUGUGGAGUCUUGGCUGUAUGUUGGCAAGCAUGAUCUUCAGGAAGGAGCCGUUCUUCCAUGGUCACGAUAACUAUGACCAGUUGGUGAGAAUAGCCAAAGUCCUUGGAACAGAAGACCUUUAUGACUACAUUGACAAAUAUAACAUUGAACUGGAGCCGAGGUUCAACGAUAUUUUAGGAAGGCAUUCCCGCAAGCGAUGGGAGAGGUUUGUCCACAGUGAAAACCAGCACCUGGUCAGCCCGGAGGCCCUGGACUUCCUGGACAAGCUGCUGCGAUACGACCACCAGGCCCGGCUGACCGCCCGGGAGGCCAUGGAGCACCCUUACUUCUAUCCGAUCGUGAAAGACCAGACUAGAAUGGGUGCUUCGACCAACCUGCCGAGUGGAAACACACCUGUGAGCUCAGCCAGCAUGAUAACAGGGAUCCCCGCCUUGCCAACAGCUUCUCCUCUGGGGCCUCUUGCUGGGUCGCCCAUUAUCUCUGCCACCAGCACACUGGGCACACCCAUGCCAGCCGCCGCAGGGGCCCAGCAGUGACGGGGCCCCCCAGCUGCCACCAGAUGCCAUUGCGACCACCUUGCUGCAAACUUCUUUUCCAAUCGGGUCGUUUGUCGAAGCAGUCUGGGAAUGCCGGCUCCUCCCUUCCCCACCGGCGUUCCCUUGCUUCUGUGAAUUUGAGUUUUUAAGUAAACCUGAAAUAAGAAUGAAGGUGAAUGUUUUUGUAUGUCUCAUACAGGUAUUAUGUUUCACCGGUGACAUGCGUGUCAAAGGCACAUAUGUGCUGCAAAAUUUAAAAUUGUAAGAUUGUGGGGUUUAAAACUGGCUAGAUUUUUAAUGUAGGUGAAACAGUAUGAAAUGGGAAAUGACCUGCAAUCUAAAGGUAGAAAGAAAAUGGACCAAAACAUGCUGUAUACCUAUAAAUGGAAUGUUAAACACCACCUUCUACAACUCGUGCUGUUCCGUAACUGUACUUUUUACCAUCCCUGUUUGACAAUGUUCGACCUUUUAACCAAACCUUUCUACUCUGCUUUGAGAUGAGCAGCAGCCCAACAACUGCGUGCUGCAGUGACACGAUACUAAAGAUCAAAAACGUUUUUAUGUUGUUUUUCUUGGCCAAGGAUCCCACCUGUGGUGCUGGCAUGUGAGUUUUCAGUUCUACAGAAGCCCUGAUACUGACAGUAUAUGCAGAUUGGAAAUAAACUCAUCACAUGAUUUACUGCCCUGUAUAUAUCACCUGUCUAUCAGCACAGCGAGAUGGGGAGCCACAGCUAAAGUUUGUUCUGCCCAGGAUUCUCCAUCUAUGGAGGGCCGGUUGUAUGCAGGACUCUGCUCCAACCACUUCUGUUUUACUCAUUUAACAUCAGUUUGCUCGUGCACCCCGGACUGAAAAGUGUUUAACAUGCAAAUGACUGAAUUAGCAGAGAAUUUGACGUUGCCCAGCAGACACAAGGGCCUUUGAGAGUGGCUCUACUGAACCUUGCUGCUACAUUUUCAUUUCAAUUUCCCCCCCCACCGUUUUAUGUGCAUUUGUGUGUGGUUUAAGUUACAGGUGGCAGAAAUCCCCAGAAGCCAGCCGCCUUCAGUGCUUUUCUAGUUUUUUUUUUUUUUUUAUAAAGAUGCUUUUGUUGAAUUCAAGUAGAAUAACCAAAGUUUACUGAAUUACUUGUAAUGACUGACCAAAUUCUUUUUUGUUUUGUUAGAGAUGGGUGGAGUGGUCUUGUAUACCUGCCUUUAAGAGCUAGGCAUGUGGUCUAGUGGAUUAGCUGGGCCCAGUGCUCAUCCAUAAGGACCCAGGCUAGUUGACAUCCUACAUCAGUGUUUGCUUGCUGUACUGAAGCAAGUGUUUUGGACAGUACAUCACAUUAGUCGGUGUUCCAGGCAAUCCAGACGUCAAAACUGUGUUUCCAAACAAACAGGACUUUUGGAUUAAGAUAGUAGCCCCCCCCCCCCCCCCCAUGCAGAAGUUUAAAACGUGAGUUUUUAUGCAAAAGGUGUCUUGAGGAUUGACUGAGUUGCAUACCAAUAUCCUGUUAACCAGUUAAUUACCUUAACACUUGGUUUUCGCUUUGUUAUAUUCUGUAAACAUUGAAUGACAAUGGAAAAACUUGAAGGGUGGAACCUUACAUUAUAGUGCCAUUGAUAAGAACUUUGUCAGUUCAUGGUCUUGUAAACUUUGACCCAGGCUGUACGUAUGCAUUAAACUUUAGUUUAAAAAAAAAAACAAAAAAAAACAAAAACUUCAAAUCCUGUAAUACAUGCACCAUUGGAGUGAAGUUGUUUAAAGACAUCACUGUAUAUAUUUGUCUUUAUGUGGAAAAGCAGUAUGUAAGAAUGUGUAAAUAAAUGUUUUAUUUAUCAAGAA